CCCAGUUGAAAAGUAACUGCCUUGCUUGUCACACCGCAAACUUUUUAUCUAAUGUGCGUGGCUUAAUUGCAAUUUCCAGCCCGCGGAUCGUUUAAUUCGGCACGGCUUGGGUUCUACGGACAAAGAAUUCAGUUAGCAGUCGCCUUCGAGCUGUAAAACCGAGAGCAUCGGGAAAACUUAGUGUUAUCUGUUCGAAAUCGGCCAACUAAGGAUUAACUAUUUCUACGGACCAAAAACACCGAUAAGCAGUGAAAUAAAAAACAAUGGUAAAGGAUAUUCUCCAGCGGUGCAAGCCGAUACCGCUGUACACCGUACUGGUACUAUCGAUCUGCUACUUCGUGCUCCAGCUGAUCCUCAGCCACUUGACCCAUGGACUCACUCUGCUGAUGGCCAGUCAUCACAUGCUGUGUAAUAUUUUCGCACUCGGCGGUUGUAUCAUCACAAUUAAGCACAGUAAACAAGCGCCAGAGGCUAGGAAUCCUUCCCCCGCCCUGACCAAGAUAAAUGGCUCCGGAGUAGCUAUAAGCCUGGCCGACACGGAUGCCCAAACACGGGCCAAAAGGGAGUGUCGGGAGCAGAAGCUUCGGAAUACAUUUGGUUGGGCCAGGAUCGAUAUUUUGACCAUGCUGAUUGUGUUCAUCAUCCUGGCCUCGUUAUCCUUUUCGCUGGUGGUGGAAGCUCUGCAAACUCUGGUUCACAUCGAUCAUCAGGACACCAUGCAUCUGCCCAUACCCGUGAUGAUGCUGGGUUUCAUCGGGCUAAUCCUGAAUGGACUGACAUAUCUGCUAAUUGGUGGAUACACGCUGCACCAGGGUAGCUUUUUGCACCUCACACCCGGCGGAAACGUGGUGCUGGAGCGACCCAUGUCCAGCAACUUGGAUCUAUCCCUAACUCCGAUGCAAAGACACCUCAGCAAAUCCCGGAAUGAUCGUCAGUUGCGCGAGGAACUAGAGACGGAGGUGGGCAGUGUUUAUUUCGCCACCAAACGCCAGGGAGCCGUCGAAAUGCUGCGGGAUGUGUCCAGUACCAUAUUUGUGAUCGUUUGUGCCGCAAUCGUCUAUGUGGCGGAGGAUGAGCAGCACACAGCCAAGUUCAUUGAUCCCGUGCUCUCAAUUUUCUCCUGCGUCCUGCUGGUGACGCUCAGUUAUCCCUACAUGAAGGAAUCCUGCUUGAUCCUUCUGCAAACCAUUCCUGGUUCCAUCGACUUGGAGAUCUUUGAGCGAACCUUGGUCACCAAGUUCCCGGAGAUCAUCAGUUACCACGACCUGCAUAUAUGGCAAUUGGCCGCCCACCGAUACGUGGCUACUAUACACAUCCAGUUCCAGAAUCCCAAACUCUACCUCAAGAUCAUCGAACAGGUUCGGUCAUACUUCCACGAUCAGGGAAUCGGAGCGGUCACAAUCCAACCGGAGUUCUAUCCGUCCACCAAUAAGAAUGCCUCUGCCUCGCUAGAAUGCCUGAUGCAAUGCCAGGCAGUGGAAUGCAUCGAGAAGGUUUGCUGUAGGGAUUCACGCACCGAUCUCCGCGAGGUUUGUGACGCUCCUAGUGGCCGAAAAUCAUCUUCUCCAGUCAAGUGUGCAGGCAACAGCCACGAACAUAGCAGAGCCAAAUCCAAGUCUUGCGCUGAGCUGAGUGCAGUGGUUGUGGAGAAACCGGAGGAACUAUCCGCAGGCCAGCUGCUAAAGGGUCAAGAUCAGCAAGUGGCGAAGUCCAUGCCCAAACUAGAGGAAACUUGUGUGGAUGCGACGAAAGAAGAUACAGCCGAGUUAAGCGGAAGUCCACCUGGGCCAACGAGCAGCGAUUGAUUCCGUUUCAAUAACUAUAGCUUUCAAUCAAGGCUUAACGAUUUUAGCUAGUUCUUAAGUUAGUUUACGAAUUUGCCAUAUAGAUAUAUGGAUAUAUAGACGUUUGAGCCUAUUUCUUAAACGAGACGCUUAAAUUCACAGGUUUAACAAUUUUUAUGACGAGAAUGAAAGAGGAGAAUGUACAGUACAUUUCAUGCCAAAUCAUUUUAUAUUUUUAAUGCAGACUUUGUAAAGUUUAAGCCAUCGCUCAAAAUAUUUACGUUUGGUUUCCAUCUGAAACCGGGAAGAAGAAACCGGAAGUUCUUCCAUCCAGAAGCUAUUUUCGUCUCCCUCUUGUGACAAAACACAAUCUAAAUUUGUCCCACCAGUGCGGUUAUUUGUUUUAAGGUACAUUUACUAUGUAUAUGUUGAACUGAAUAUGUACAAAUUAAUUAAAUAUAAGGUGCAGGUCCCUCGCCGCGGUCUCCGGCGUAGGUUGCAGG